CAGCUUAGGCAUGAGUAUGGUGAAAAAUCAUGUCCAUUUAGAGAGCUGUCAGCUGUGUUUCUGCUCUCUCUGUGCCUCUUCAGCACAAUCAAGGCCCGCGCACACCUCUUAGCAGGUUUGAGGAAACACAACCACACUCUGCUCUGCUGUCUGAGUACGAUACGGUUUAUCAUUUAAAAGGUAGAGCAUGCCGGUAGUGACAAGGACCUGAUGGCUGACAGGAUUAAAGACACAAAGACAAAGAGAAGAGUGAAGAUUUUUUGAAAGAAAACUCACAAGUUAAAAUACUGGCGAUCACAAAGGAGGAGCAGAACAAUCUGAAAACCUUUCCUGGUGAUCCAAUUAUGGCAUCACUUCGGAUGGAGGUCACCGUAUGAAAAGAAGAAUUAUUACAGGAGCAGUCCAACAAUGGCUAGCCUUCUUCUGCUGAAUGCCUCUUGAAUUAGAGGUGAGGAAAGGUGAGGAAAGUGUUGGGUCUCAGAUUUCCAUAACAAUUGGCGUUGUCGGCAGGAUCUCUGCAAGUUUGAUUGGGGACACCUACGGACGCUGGUGGUCGCGCGCUCCAGGAUCCUCGGAUCCUCCUCUACCUCAACAGAAACCGUACGGGACGAGAGGACCAGCGCCGGGGGUGGAACCGAUUGACUUCACGAGAUCCAACAAACUCAAAAGGCUUUCAAUACUCGAUUCUGCUGUACUCCGUUCCGGACCAAUCCCAUGUCACCUCUCAGCACAAGCAGCAGAGCUCAUCGCACUAACUGAAGCCUGCACGUUUGCAGAAGGCAAAACCGUGACUAUUUACACUGACUCACGCUAUGCUUUUGGGGUAGUACACGAUUUUGGGGCUAUUUGGAAGUGUAGACAAUUUCUUAAAUCUGAUGGCAAACCAGUACUUAACCAUGUACUGGUUGCAGGCUUACUAGACGCCAUUCUGCUCCCAUCUGAAGUUGCAGUCUGUAGAUGUGCCGCACACGCAAGCAGUACAGACCCAGUUUCCCUAGGAAAUGCGUCUGCUGACUCAGCCGCAAAGGCAGCUGCUCUGAUUCCUCUCGCACCUCACGCACAAUCAUUUGUUAAAAUCCCUGUCUCCUCCUUCACUGACAAAAUGUCAUCACUGACUUCCAUGCAGCAGCUAGCUACACCAGUUGAGAAGGCUCAGUGGAAGGCUGUUGGGGCUGCUUUUGACCCAACCUCCAGCAUCUGGGUUGGUCCAAAUUCCAAUCCAUGUCUCCCAAGACAUUUCUUCCCUCAUUUUGCUAAGUUGACACAUGGGUUGGAUCAUGUGUCAAAAGGGGGGAUGUUAGAGGCUAUAAAUCAGGAGUGGUUCACAAGGGGGUUCACAGUAACAGCUCAAAAGCACUGUGAAGCAUGCCUAAUUUGCAUUAUGCAAAAUUCUGGUAGAGCAGUAAAGGUUACAGGACCCGGAGCACAUCCACCUCCCACCAGGCCAUUUGAGCACCUAAUGCUGGAUUUCAUUGAGGGUAAGAAGCACUGUCUGGUGGUGGUUGACAUGUGGUCCAAAUGGGUUGAAGCUUUCCCAGUAAAAGCACAGAUAGCAAAUGCUGUGGCAAAGGCACUACUGAGGGAAAUCAUUCCUAGAUGGGGACUACCAGACAACAUUUCUAGCGACAACGGUUCACAUUUUGCUAAUGAGGCCAUUACGCAAAUAGGAGAAUACAUGGGCAUGGACAUCAGAAAGCAUUGUGCUUAUCAUCCACAGAGUGGGGGUGGGGUGGAAAGAGAGAAUGGCACAAUAAAAAACAAACUAGCAAAAUGCUGUGCAGACACAGGUCUGUCAUGGACACAAGCUCUGCCCAUUGUGCUGAUGUAUGCGGAUGCGGAAAAGAACACGGAGUCAACUCAGCCCAUUUGAAAUCUUUUUUGAUUGGACUCAAGGCUCCAGGAUGUCCUCUUCCCUCCACAACUUUGUGUGAGGAUGCU